AUGGCGGCUAUAGAAGAGUUACCUUCUUCCAUUCCUCAGCCUUCUUCCAAGGUAUAUAUUUUAUUUCCAUUGUUACUUUCAAAUCUCAAUUAACCUAAUUAUGUAUAAACAAAAUCUGAUUCUGUUGUCCAGGAAAAAGUGUUUCCAUCCAUAGAUGAUAUGAUGGAAAAGGGUUUCGGAAGAUUUGGUUGGUUCGAAUUCAUGAUGUGCAUUCUUGUUUCAUUUGCAUCAUUCUUUGAUGCACAACAAUCGUUCAUAACGAUUUACACAGAUGAAUACCCGACAUGGCAUUGCAUAAAUUCAACAUUAUGUAGCUCAGAUUCUAAUAUCUGUAAUAUUCCUAAAUCUUCAUGGUCAUGGGAUGGACCGUCACACAAAACAGUGAUAUCUCAAUGGAGUCUUGAAUGUGCCAGUAGCUUCGUUACUGGUUUACCGCAAUCUUCGUUCUUCAUUGGUUGUCUUUUCGGUUCGUUUCUUCUCUCAACUUUAGCUGAUACUUCACUUGGAAGAAAGAAUACACUUGUUAUGUCUUGUUUAUCUAUGUCUAUAGUUUCAAUUCUCAUAGUUUUCUCUACCAAUAUUUGGAUUUACUCUGCUUUUAAAUUCGUCAUUGGAUUUUUUAGUUCGUCGAUCGGAACUUGUGUUUUGGUUUUGCUCGCGGAGAAAGUUAGUACUGAACGGAGGUUCACCGUUGGUAUUAUCGAAUAUUUCUGCUUCACAUUAGGGUAUAUGUCACUGUCCGGUAUAGGUUAUGUCAAUAGAUUUAACUCAUGGAGAUCGGUUUACAUCUGGACGUCGGUUCCUGCUAUUUGUUACUCGGGUCUCGCUUAUAUCUUUGUUACCGAGUCUCCAAGGUGGCUUCUAAUGCAAGGAAGACAUGAAGAAGCUAUGGCGAUGCUUACAGAUGUUUCUUCAUUAGAGAAUGGUAAUGAUAUGACAGUAGUUUUAGUAGAAGCUCCGGUGAAUAAACAAAAGGCUUCAUUUUUCCAACUCUACUCAUCGAUAGCGGAGUUGUUUGGGAGUGGUUGGGCUUUAAAGAGAAUGGUGGCGACAAUGGUGCUUGGUAUUGGAAUUGGAAUGGUGUAUUAUGGUAUGCCAUUAGCAGUUGGGAAUUUAGGAUUCGACAUUUACUUGGCUGUUGUAUUCAAUGCCUUGAUGGAAAUACCGGCUUAUGUGGCUACCUAUUUCUUGGAGAAUUGCCGAAGAAAACCGUCAGUUCUUGUAUUCUCAAUAGCUAGUGGUGUAUGUUGUAUAAUGUGUGUUGUUGUUGGAUCAGGAAUACCAGAAAUUCGAGUCGGAUUAGCAAUGGCAUCGGUUUUCAGUGCGUGCACAGCUUUUAAUGUGUUUCUCAUUUACAUUUUAGAGCUAUUUCCAACAAGUGUGAGGAACACUACAUCAUCAUUGGUGGGACAAGCUACUGUUUUUGGUAAUGUUUUCACACCGUUUUUGAUAUCUGCUGGGAGGAAAAACGACAUUUUCUCUUACGGCGUGUUUGGAGUAGUUAUCAUGUUGUCGUGUUUUGCGUUGCUUGGUUUGCCAGAGACAAGAGGAUUAGCUCUUUGUGAUACCAUGGAUCAACAAGAGAAGAAAGACGAUAUGUCAGGUUAAAAUUGGUAACA